ACGAACAGCAUCAGAAAAGAAACGAACUGAACGUGUUAUGAAACCACACAGUUAAGUUUAUAUUUUAGUUUAAUCAAAUCGGUGCAAUUGCCAUACAAUAAUAACCAGUAAUGUCGAUCAAACUGAGUGGCACUUUAUCCCGUUCGAGGGGAGUUUUCGCCGCCAUCACUAAGCAGCUGAAGCUGCUUAAUCUGAAAGCGGUCCAGCGGAUUACGGUUACUUUCGAUCCGUUUCACGAUCGAGUCAUUCCCACAAGAGAAGUUCUUAACCAUCUGUCGGGGCCAAAAAUAGUGCAAACUAAUCCAUCCUGCGCGCUGAAGGCCGAGGUGGUUUGCGACCGACGACCGCCAUCGCUUGUUUUCCAAUUGAUUCCUUCCGUACAAGCCGAAGCAAAGCUGAAGAAAAUCGAGAUCAAUAGCGAGAACCUCUCGACGCUGGAAAUAUUGCAACUGUGCAACAAACACAUAACCAGCUUGGCCCCGAAGGAAACUGUCACCUCAACGCUAAAGACAAAGUCUGAAAAGAAGGCCGGAGGUGCCGGAAAGCGACGAUAAACUGUGUAUAUUUGCGGCGGUCAAUAGUUAAGCUAGAGUAGCCGGAAAUGCCGGACAAAAAACUAAAGGGCGGUCAUAUGGCCAUCAUCGAGAAUUGGUACCAUCAGAUUCCCGCCUUCACAGAUGU